ACGGGAGCUCCCUCCCGCCUCCCCCAAAGCCAGUGGAGACCAGUCCCCCCCUCUGCCCCGGGGCAGCUGACAUUUAGCAGAGGUCAGGCCCCCACCCCUGAUUGUCCUGCCUUCUGCGGUCAGCUGUGCCAACCCCCGCCUGAGGCCAGGCUCCAAGGGGUCAGCAUUUAAACCAGAGGAGAGGGUACAUCUAGGUCUUGAGGGCACAAGUACCACCCUGGCCAGCAGGAUCGGCAAACUCGACUGCUCCUCACUAGCGUGCUCAGGACUCCUCACCAAGGAUGAAGAUGAAACGCUACAAGCUGUUUCUCAUGUUCUGUAUGGCUGGCCUGUGCCUCAUCUCCUUCCUGCACUUCUUUAAGACCCUGUCCUAUGUCACCUUCCCCCGCGAACUGGCCUCUCUCAGCCCUAACCUGGUGUCCAGCUUCUUCUGGAACAAUGCCCCGGUCACACCCCAGGCCAGCCCAGAGCCGGGUAGCCCCGACCUGCUGCGGACCCCACUCUAUUCCCACUCACCCCUGCUCCAGCCGCUGUCGCCGAGCAAGGCCACGGAGGAGCUCCACCGGAUGGACUUCGUGCUGCCCGAGGACACCACCGAAUACUUUGUCCGCACCAAGGCCGGGGGCGUCUGCUUCAAGCCAGGUACCAAGAUGCUGGAGAAGCCCCCAUCGGGGCGGCCAGAGGAGAAGAUGGAGGCGGGCGACGGCGCGUCGUCGUCGGCACGGGGCCCGGGCCGGCAGCUGCUGAGCGCCCGGGAGCGAGCAGGGGGCCGUGGCGGUGCGCGGCGCAAGUGGGUGGAGUGCGUGUGCCUCCCGGGCUGGCACGGGCCGAGUUGUGGCGUGCCCACCGUGGUGCAGUACUCCAACCUGCCCACCAAGGAGCGCCUGGUGCCCCGGGAGGUGCCGCGACGGGUCAUCAACGCCAUCAACAUCAACCACGAGUUCGACUUGCUGGACGUGCGCUUCCACGAGCUGGGCGACGUGGUGGACGCCUUCGUGGUGUGCGAGUCCAACUUCACGGCGUACGGGGAGCCGCGGCCGCUCAAGUUCCGCGAGAUGCUGACCAACGGCACCUUCGAGUACAUCCGGCACAAGGUGCUGUACGUCUUCCUGGACCACUUCCCGCUGGGCGGGCGGCAGGACGGCUGGAUUGCCGACGACUACCUGCGCACCUUCUUGACGCAGGACGGCGUGUCGCGGCUGCGCAACCUGCGGCCGGACGACGUCUUCAUCAUCGACGACGCCGACGAGAUCCCCGCGCGCGACGGCGUGCUCUUCCUCAAGCUCUACGACGGCUGGACGGAGCCCUUCGCCUUCCACAUGCGCAAGUCUCUGUACGGCUUCUUCUGGAAGCAGCCGGGCACCCUGGAGGUGGUGUCGGGCUGCACGGUGGACAUGCUGCAGACGGUGUACGGGCUGGACGGCAUCCGCCUGCGCCGCCGCCAGUACUACACCAUGCCCAACUUCCGCCAGUACGAAAACCGCACGGGCCACAUCCUGGUGCAGUGGGCGCUAGGCAGCCCCCUGCACUUCGCCGGCUGGCACUGCUCCUGGUGCUUCACGCCCGAGGGCAUCUACUUCAAGCUGGUGUCUGCCCAGAACGGCGACUUCCCCCGCUGGGGCGACUACGAGGACAAGCGGGACCUCAACUACAUCCGGAGCCUGAUCCGCACGGGGGGCUGGUUCGACGGCACGCAGCAGGAGUACCCACCGGCCGACCCCAGCGAGCACAUGUACGCCCCCAAAUACCUGCUGAAGAACUACGACCAGUUCCGCUACCUGCUGGACAACCCCUACCAGGAGCCCAAGAGCACAGCGGCCGGUGGGCGGCGGAACAAGGGUUCGGAGGGAAGGCCACCCGCCAGGGGCAAAUUGGAUGCGGUUGAAGGCUAAGGCUGCAUGAUCUUACAGGGCCCGUGGCAGGGUGGGGGUGCGGUGGGGUGUUGGCACCUGCCCCUCCUGUUGUUACCUUUUUGCCUCCUUCUACCCUCUGGGUGGUUCGUCAGAGGACCAGGACUGGAAGGUGGGGGAGGCUUUCCUACUCAAGGCCCUGUGAAUCCAGGGUCAGGCCUGUGAGCUCAGAAAACACCCUUCCUCACCAGGGGAGGAGAGCAGGUGCUACCGCCCCCAGGAGUGCUGCGGCUGGGAGGUGCCCGCAGAGCGCGCAGGAGGGUUACAGGGGAGGAGGGGUGGGUGGGCAGGGCGGGAGAGGGAGCCUGCAGGAACGCCCUACGGCAUCCAGGUGGGGCGCCGCAGUCCCCUCCAGGGAGAAGAAGCCCACCAUUUGGCCUCCUGGGGCUUUGGACCCGUGGUAGGAAGGGAGAGAUGCCAGGAGUUCCCAGGGCUCUGUAAAUAGUCGCAUUCGGGCCCUGGACGAAGCAGGCACACCAAGGUGGGAGGGAAUGAAAAACGGCCGCUGGGAAGGAGCUCCAGUGGGUGCUCUGUAGUGUCCUCAGGAGUGCUGGGCCAGAGGGAGCGGGGACCUCCCCCCUCGUCUCACAGGACACACAGCACAGACGGUCCUGUGCCCCUCAGCCCCUCUGGAGAUGACGCAGGCGUGGGGAAGCCUGGGAAGUCUUCUUUUAGGGUCCCAAGCUGGCCUUGACAUUUCUUCUUACUUCUUAUAUCGCUGUCUUGUGGGCUGCCCACCCAGUCCUUGCAAGUUCCAAGAGUCCAGUUCUCAGGCUGGGAUGGGACCAUCAGCUAGCCUAGUAGGUGAGAUGUGGGGGUGUGGGGAGCCUCCUCCCCCGCCACCCCUUCCCACUAGAACCCACAGCCCCAGCUCUCCACUGCCUCAGGUAGAGUCACCCUUGUGCCCCUUUGGGGGCUGGCUUGGGGCCAGGAAGGAGCCACGAGGCUGCUCUGGGCCCACGAGGGACAUUAAGGCCAGUUGUUUGUCAUCUCAUUCCUUAGUUGCCUCGGGGGAGGGGGCUGUAUAUGUUAGAGUAGAUUCUAAACUGCUGUAAUUAAGAGAUCCCAAAAUACAGUGGUUUCGGCAGACAGAAGCUCGUUUCUAACUUACCUCUUUGGAGGGUGGUGGUCUGGAGGGCAACUCUGCUUUCCUGCCUCACACCUUCCAACUCUGGAUAGAGUGGUUGCUCCAGCUCCCACCAUCACGUGUGCAUCCAUGUCCGAGGGAAACAGGAAAGUGCAAACCCUUUCUGUUAACAGCAUGAGCCGGAGAUGGCACAGUCACUUCUGAUGGCAUCUUGCAGGACUCAGUCACUUGGCCACCUGCAAGGGAAGCGGGAAAAGUAGUUUUCAGCUGGGCUGCCCCUUUCACCCUUUAAAGGAAGGAGGGAGAGAAUGAAGGCGCAGAGGAUACUUACAGGGACAAGGGGCGUCUCUGACCCUGAAGGAGGAGGGGAGAGGGCAGAGGUGACUGUCGCAGUGGUGGGACCCUGCUGGCAUGCUCACAGCUCCUGGAUCAGCCCAUCCCUGCCCGCCUCACUGGCGACCCAGGGCUGGGUCACUGAGAGCAUGCAGUGGUGGGCAGGGAAGAGGCGCCCCCUCCCAACGGCCCGCUCGGGUGUUUAGCCAGUGAUGCCGGGACGCAGAGCCUGCCUGUGAACGGUACAUGUCUUUGCGUGCGUGUGUAUUUAUGGCAUGGGUGCAUGCUUGGUGUGUACUUGUUCGUGUCUGUGUCGGUGUGUCCCUGUACAUAUAUGCCUGUGUGGGGGACGUGGGAGCGGGGCCCAGGCCUCCCCUUGCUGGGACCUGGAGCCUGUGGCCACACCUCCUGAACUCCCCAAAAUGACUGAGGCAGAAGGGCAACCUGGGGAGCCAGAAAGCCAGGCUAAAAGGGAUGUGGGGGUCCGUCCAUCUGUCUGUCUUUCAGUCCAAGGAAUGAGAGCGCUCUCAGCCUGAGGGCUGUACUGCUGCGAGCCCGAGACCUCCCGGCCUCGUCCCUCCACGCCUCCAGCCAAGGCGUUCUCAGCGUGUCUUACUGGGGGGUUUCCUGGGGAACUGGUGUGGUGUGGGGAGCUGGCCACAGAACAGCCUCAGCCAGGUGGGCAUGAAGCAGGCUGGGGGGCCCCCACUGUCCCUCUGGUUGAGGGGGUGUCCCAAGGGAACCAACCCCUCCCUCGGAGUUAGAGAAGCGCCCCCUCCACCCCCUGGCCCCUCUUGGGGCUGAGAAGUGGCUCAAGAGGUCAGGGUGUCCCUGUGGCUCCAGGUCACCCGAGGCCAGGUCCUGCCUACCAGCCACCUCUGCCCACCCCCCGGGGGGGCAUCUCUGGGGACGCGUGCCUGAGCCCCAGCCCAGGGCCUCCCACCUUGACGGCCUCCUCACCCCACACCCCCCACACCUGUGGGGAGGUCCCCCCUCCAGGCUGGCCGGGGUCCCUGGCUUCCAGUUCGUCAGCUCAGGGGCAAAGGUAGAAAGAGGGAAGGAGCUCGUACGUGCCAGACCCCACCUUCCCUCUCGGACAAGGAGGGCCAGGCGUGCUCAUGGUCACCCCCCAGUGGAGGCCUGGCCGUGGAGAGCACAGCCCGCAGGGUCAGGGGACCGAGGCAUGGGGUCGCAGUUUCACUCAGAGUCACAUCAUACACUGGGAACUUCGGGGACAGGGGAGCCCUGGGCCACUCCCCUCUAUGAAGGCAAACCAAACUGUGAAAUGGGAUGCCAGCACGUGCUGGCCCUGUCGCGUAGCCACCUUCCUUCCUUCCUUGGGAAGCCCCGGCCCUGUGGUCUCCAGACUCAUGGAGGCCCAGCCCACCCUGGAGGGUUUCCUUAGGGUGUGGUGGUUCCCACAGGCAGGCAUGGGAGAGCUUUGGGGACAAAGGUGACAGGGUGGGAAACUAGGACUUGCCCCAGCAGCAGGUGGGGCCCUGGGAAAUGUGUAAUUUAAGGACACCAAUAAUAAUAAUAGUAUUAUUUUUUUUGUAAGGGAAAAUCAAUAUGUACAUUCUGAAAUCAUUUUCUCUGUAAAUGGUUGGAUUUCAUUUCACCCUUAAAGGGAUGCUUAAAGGAGAAGAUAAUAUUAAUAAUAAAAACAGCUACAAAGUCUAAA